AUGGGUCUCUGGACGCAGCUCACUCUGCUCCUGUGGAAGAACUUCACUCUGCGGAGGAGACAGAAGUUGCGGUUUUUAAUCGAACUGGUCUGGCCAAUCGUCCUUUUCGUCAUCCUGGUGCUGGUGCGUUCCUCUAACAAAGCCAUCAACAAAGACCAAUGCCACUACCCGAACAAGCCCAUGCCUUCAGCCGGAGUGUUGCCAUGGAUUCAGGGGAUGGUGUGCAACUUAGAAAAUCCCUGUUUGAACUCGCCAACACCGGGGGAGGCUCCAGGGCAGGUCAACAACUUCAAUGACUCAAUAAUCGCUGGCGUCCUCAUCCAAAUGCAGAGUCUUUUGGUGAACAAGUCAAUCCUGAGUAAGGUCAAAGUUCUUGCUGGGGACUUGAACCAGUGGAAUGUGCUGUUGACACGAGCUGCUUCUAACAACAGCUGCAAGAAAUCAUGGAGGAGCACACUGAAGCGCACGCUUACAAACCACUGCUUAGUCAAGAGUCCCUAA